GGUUUCAACAUAGAUUCGUGAACUUUGUAAAACUUAGUGAUAUUGUAGUAUUUUGAAAACCAUGUUUUAACAUAUAACAUAUUUAUAUCAGUUUGAGUAAAUGGGUAUUUAAUUGCCCUAGAUUACAUUAAAAGUGAAACGUUUCAUAUUUUACGCUCCAUAAUAGAUUUUAUUCUGUGUUGGUUACUCACACGUAGAACGUACACAUAAAAUAUAAGUCAUCCUGUUCAACCAUCUUUAUUCAUUCUGGCGGUCUAUUGGCUCCUGUAAUAAUUUAAAACCAAUAGAUCGUGAGUUUUACCGAGAACUCAAAAAUGUAUCGAUAUAUGUUGCCCAUUCCUACUAAUACUAAUAUUCCCUAUACAUAGAUUACUCUUUUCUUUGAUCUUUGACCGAUACCCAGAAUUAGAGAAGCCGGCUAAUAUAUUAUAAUAUGGGUUCAGCUGAUUAGUUAUCAAGUAUUAAGUUAUGUUACUGUGUUUAACUGUCGAAAAGACAAAACAAACUAACGAAUUACUAGAUUAAAGUUUGAUACAUCCAAUUUAUAGUUUAGUUUAAGUUAAGUUUGAGUAAUAGUUAAAAUAUCAUCGUGCAUCGAAGAGCAGACAUGUUUCUGAUGACAUGAAACAAAUCCAGAAGAAAUCAAUAUGGCCCUCAAACUUGGGAAGUGUAGGCUUUGCCUCAAGCUGGGCGACUUUUACUCCAUCUUCACAAUGGACAAUGCCGUUCAACUGGCCGAGAUGGUUAUGGAAUGCGCGCGAAUAAAGGUCUACGAAGGAGAUGGCUUACCAGACAAGAUAUGCUCGGAAUGCAUUCAGAAACUUAGUAGCGCGUACAUAUUCAAACAGCAAUGCGAGAGAGCGGAUCAAGAGUUGAGACGGAACUAUGUACCGCCACCAGGAUUCAGUGUAAGUCCGGCGCCGACAAGUCGUCAAAGCAACGACUCCGCCAUUUCCACCCAAACUGACAGUUCGAACGUAAAGAACUCCGCGUCCGAUGGCAAACUAACAAACGUCCAGCGUUCUCGCAAACGCAGCAUCGACAGUGACAACACAUCGACUAGCAGCGUCCCGAAGUCCCAAACCGGGAACUCUAAACGCAUCGAAGAACUACGCAGGACUAGCAAAAGAGCCAAAGUCCAACCUAAAUACUUUCAAGUGGACUCGGACUGUGAUGAUGUCGCGUCUCCGAUUUCAUUCGCCGAAAGCGGCGGCACCGACACCGAGGAGUGUCCCGUCAAAAACAAAAGCUAUAGCUGCUCCGUUUGCAAUAAAGACUUCAAAUCGGGCCUCAGCCUCAGCAAUCACUCGCGGAUACACAAAAACGAUAGCGUCGGCGAGUACGUUCCUCAUGAUACCCCGAAUAAACUAAGGAGUGACGUUAAAGAGGAAGAACCGCUCACGUGCCAAAAGUGUGGAAAGUCUUUCAAAUUGAAGAUCAUGUUAAAUCGACAUAAAUGCGAAACUUCUGGACACAAAGAAUUACUCGUCUCGCUCAAGCCGAUAGACGGAGGGCAAUACAUAAACAUGAGCUGCGAAUUCUGCUCGGCUAAAUUUUACACCAUCGAGAGUCUGGAGAACCACAUGAAGCUCGCGCACGCGGCUUCGCCCAAGAAUGUUCUGGAAAGGCCAGAUAAGCCUGACAGAGUGCCCGUUCCGUGUCUGUUCUGUCGGGAGCUCUUCGACGAUUACCCGUUGCACAACUCGCACUUUAACUCUUGCGAAAAGAAGAUUCCCUUGCAGAGUUUCGAUUGUCCUCUUUGCGACAAAAACACCCCGAACAGGACGGGCUAUUUUCUGCAUCUCAGGGUGGUGCACUUCAAGUACGUUCAGAGCGACGCCGUGACGUCGGCGCGCCAGUGUCGCAUCUGCAACAAGAAGCUCGCCACGGAGGCCAUGCUGAUAGCGCACUUGGCGAGCCACGUGACCAACAAUGAUGCCGUCGAUGCGGUAAACUCGAGUCCGAAAGAAUCAACAGCGGAUAAGCGAGCAUCGCCGUCGACUCCGGGCGAGCCCUUGAAAUGCAGCUAUUGUGACAGGACCUUCCUGUAUAAAAAGUCGUUGAGUAAUCACGAGCGCAAGCACGAAGACGGCACCCUGACGGUCAAGCUAGAGGACAAUGUGAACGACAGUCAUAACGAUUCGAGUCUACUGAGCGAGACCAACCGCGCGUCGGACACAGACUCCAGCCAAGACGAGACGUACGACUUCACCUGCGACGUGUGCGACAAACAGUUCUCGUACCGGAAACAAUAUAUACACCACAAGAAAACUAAACACACAAUGUGUGCGGGAGUUAAGAGAUCGAAGAUCACACUAAAAAACUGCACGGUCACUUGUCGGAUAUGUGAUGUUGAAAUGAAAGUUAGCGACGUGAAGGAGCACAAUCAGAAGCAUCUGUCGGAGAACAUGAACCCUAGAAAUAUUUACAGUUGCAACGAGUGCGAUGAGAAGUUUAAGAGCUGCAAAGGUCUCGCUGAUCACAUCAAGUUCGUGCACAGAUUGAAGCAAACUCCUCCAGCGAAGAUGUCCAAUUCUAUGAAGUUUGAUGGUCCGGAUCUAGCGGAUUUUUGUGAGGUCGUUGUGACGAAAACGGAACCCCUGGAUCGGAUCCAGACUCACAACGGCUUCAAAGAGGUUCCGCUCAUUGACCAGUACAGCGACGCCACACCGGGCCCGCCCGACGGCGACGCGACCUCAUUCUCCUGCCACAUUUGCGGGAAGAACAUGCCCACGUUGAUUUCACUCAAACGACAUGUAAAUUGGCACUUAAGAGUCGGCAACAACAUCGAGAAGCAGGUCGAGUGCUUUGUCUGCCAACAGGUGUUCAGAUUCCAGUGUCACUACAAAGCCCACAUGCGCGAACACUACCGCGACCCCAACAUAGACCCCAAACUAUUGAUCUGCUCCAUCUGCAACCGCAAGAGUAAGCAUCUCCGCGCCGCACAGAUGCACAUGAUCUUCCACAAGCAGACGCGCUUCCAGAACAAAGACUACCAGUGCGCGAUAUGCAAAAAGGUCUUCCAGAACCGAAAGCUGUACCUUUACCACAUGUCCGUGCAUCAGAGAAAGGGAGAGAGCGGUCAGAAUACCAUAGUGGGCUUGCACAGCAGCGGGACCGGUCUACCUAAUAAAGCAGAGAGCGGUGAGGAUGGUUCCCUGACCUGCCAGAUCUGCGGCAAGGUCUGCAACUCGGAGUCGUCCCUCAAGCACCACACCGUGUGGCACAACUCCAAGACCCUGCUGUACGGCGCCAGGUACGAGUGUCCCGUCUGCAAGGUGCAGUUCACCAACAAACGGUACCUCGCCAUCCACGAGCGCACCCACUACGAGGACGACAACGGCCCCUACAAAUGUAAGGUCUGCGGCAAAGGGUUCAUAGACGAGGACUACCACCGCCGCCACCAGAUGUCGCACAACUUCAGCCACUCCUCGCACAAGAAACGGAUCGAAAAUAUGAGGAAGGGCAAAGUCAAAUGUCCGUACUGCCCUCGGUACUUCGACGUCCUGAAACUGUUCCGACACUUGAAGAGCUCGCACCCGCAGAGUAAGAUGAUCAAAUCGGAGGCCGAGCCGCCGCCGCAGCGCCAGUACUCGUGCAAGCUCUGCGCCAAACAGUUCCGCGACGAGAAGCGCCUGCAGCACCACGAGGAGGCGCACCUCCGGAAACCGGAGUUCUUUAAGUGCAAGUUCUGCGGGAAGAAAACUAUAUCAUUGAAAAAUCACAGGAUCCACAUAAAGUCUCACCUGACGAGCAAGUUCACCGACGCGCCUUUGAAGUGUUCGCGGUGCGAGGAGACGUUCGUGCGCGGGUACGACCUGCACCACCACCUGCGGGACUCGCACGGCGUCCACGAGACCUGGAUCGCGGAGCGGACGGAGCCCGUGCUGGAUGGGCCGCUGCACCACCUCCAGUGCUCCAUCUGCUUCAAGAUCCUCGCCUCCAAGGGCAACUUCGAGCGCCACAUCGACUACCACAACUCGCUCCGGUGCAACUACUGCUUCGACUACUUCACGACGCCGAGGUUCCUCGAGGGUCACCUGGCCUUCAGCUGCGCCAAAAAGAAACUGAUCGGCGACACAGAGGUGUACCCCAAGAAGUUGAAGUGCGAUAUCUGCUAUAAAGCUUUCCAUCUGCAAGUGAAGCUGGACUGCCACCGCCGCACGCAGCACGCCAUCCGGGUCUCGAGGGAGGCUCGCGUCGGCAACAAGAAAACCGUCUGCGAUUUCUGUUUCAAGGUCUUCGAAAGCGAAGAUAUCCUCAACUCGCACAAGAAAUAUCAUCGAACCAUCGGAUAUUACGGUUGCAUUUAUUGCAAGAAGAAGUUUGGCACGCCCACCUUGUACAGGAAGCACAAGACGUACCAUUUGUCUCAAAAGAAUGAAGAGAAUCCGACCAAAUGCGAGCACUGCGACGAGACUUUUGUAGCGUUCCGGGACAUGAUCCAGCACAUGCGGUCGGCGCACGGAGACCACAAGGAGUGGAUCGUGAUGCCGAAGGACUCGGUCGAGGAGAAAUGCCACAUCUGCAAUAAAACAUUUUUCAAUUUGCACAAACAUUUGGCGUACCACGAAGAGAACAGAUGCAAGAAGUGCGGUAAGUAUUUCUUCUCGGAAGCCGAUUUUGACGGUCACCUGUGCGCCAUCGAGAGCGACGACGAAGCCGCGGCAGACGUCAACAACGCCGGCGCACCCGCGUACGAAGAGUGCCGCUUCUGCUUCAAGCCCAUCACUAGGAAGAAUACGAAGAGAUUACACGACGGCAUCCACAAGACGUCCGGCGCGAUAUCCUGUCGCUUCUGCACGUUCAAAUUCAAAACGAUGGACUCGUUCAGAGUGCACGCGUUCUCGCACCGCAGCCGGAAGUACAACGCGAAACCGAUCAAGUGUCGCAAGUGCGGCGAGAAGUUCGUCAAAUACGGGCCCUUCAUUAAGCACAUGAGGAACGUACAUAAGUCCACGAAGAAGGUUCACUACAGAGCCACGGUACAACCGGAGGAGUGCGUGGUGUGCGGAGACCACUUCCCGAACCUCCACAAUCACUACCGCGCUCAUCUCCUCAACCGGUGUCAGCUCUGCAAGAAGUACUUUACGUCAUUCAAACUGUUCUCGGCCCACGAAUGCGACAAAGAAGAUUCCGAUCCCAGCAAAGUGUUCACGAGUGACGCUAAUUUGGAUUUCUUGAUCAGAACGUACGUGCCCAAGGAAGAGAGGGACGACGAGAAGUACUACGGGUAUACGGACAGCGAGGAGGAGAAUGAGACGGAGGACCAAACUGCAAAUCAGUCGCCGGUCAUUUCCGACGUGCUCUCUCUCUUCCGGCCGAACGAAGCGAAGUAUGACGAGGACAGUCAGACGGAGGAAGUGAAGAGUGAAAGUGUGGACAGUCCAGGAGAGGAGGUAAAAAGCCAAGAGGGGGGCGACCAGCUUGACGACAAUGUAGUAAAUCUUAUUGAUGAUGAACUAAUAGAGAUCGAGGACCAAGUUCCUAUAAUUGUAUUAGACGAUGAUUAGUGAACCGUGAAAAUAUUAUUUCUAGUUUUUAUAUUCUUACUGCCGCGAAACGCGUGAAUUUCCACUUGAAGGUUAGAACAAGCAGUAUUGUGAAGUAUUUGAGAUUUCAAUCUCAGGUCAAGACGGACAACGCUGUGAUGUCUUCAGUAAACACAGUAACGCCAAGGGAUCCGAGAACUAAAUGGCUAAUAAUGCUAGUAUUAUUCAGUCUGGUCUGGACGUAGUUAAAACGAAAACCGAAUAAAAUACUCCACGGCCUUUUAUCGCAAUUUAUUAACAUAGUUAAUAGCAAAAGGUUAAGUAUAAGCUUACUUUACAUUUCAAUGUGAGGAUGAAGGCAUAAAAGAAUAGACAUUUUUCAAAUAAUAAAAAAAUAGUGCAAAAUUAAGCAAUUUCUUCGUUAAGUCAUUGUUAGUGUCAGCGCUCCACUAACAGGCGUAGGUUAGUGGUUUCGGCACGAAUAUUUAGUAUAGCCGUUGUGUCGAUACGAUCGGAACUUCGAUGACUGUAUUCAACAUAUUAUACAGCAUGUUGCCGCAAGCCUAGUCCGUUAAAAUGUAAAUGAUAAAAUUUGGAUAAGGUUUCCCGAAAAAGAUAAAACAGGUGGCGCUUUUAGCAAGCAAUGUAGUACAAUUAAGAAUUAGAUGAUGGCCGUGUUACGAGAAAAUGAUACUAUUUUUCGUUAAAUGUCACACCCUGUAUCUACGCAGUUUAGUUUAGAUUUCUUUCAAGUAACUGACGGGUUGUGCAUGUAACAAUAUGCGGAAAAUGCGACUUGGCUUGGCAAAUCCAUUUUGAAACUAUUUUUAUGUUAUCAAUGGCUUAUAAACUUAUCAGGGGCCAUCUUUAUCAUGGGCCACUUGGCCAAUUAUUAUUUUACGUAUUGAAUUUUUAAAAAUCUAAUGUUUUUGAAUCUCUUUACUCUCUGUAAAUGCACCGUUCUACAUAUUAUAUGUAAUUACUCUUUCAUUACAUCAACGAUUAAUUGCUUUAAAGAUUGUGUGCCAUUUCUAAUGUCGUUUAAUAUUAAUUAUCUCAUUCAUCAAAACUCUAUUGUUUAAGUAUGAAUGGGAUGGGCAUUAUUUGACCGACUUAUAAAAAUGGAAGGUUCCUUAAUCUGAUGUAUUGCUUUUUGUUUGUAAUAGGAAUACAUAAUUAAUGUACAAUUACAAUUGAAAUCUUGCGUUUUAUUAUGAAUAUUAUGUGUAUAUUAAUACUAAAAGUAAGUACUUAAUAGUAAUAUGAAUAUCCAUAAAUGAUAGAUUGAUUAAUGUUGACUGUGUUGUAUGAAGAUUGAAAAGAUACAUGUUGCCAGAACGCAUUCAGUAUGAGGGGAAUGUUUGUGGAAGUUUUUUGAUGUUAGUCAUUUUAUAUUGAUAUUCAAUGGUAAGGCAACUAUCUCUACUGCAACUUAUUUAAAUUAUCAAUUAAUUGUAAACUGUCAAAUCUAAUUGACUGUCAACUGUCAAACUAAAGUAACUUUUUUUAUUACCCGCCAAAUCUCGCUGUAAAAUUCUUAAAUGAAGGUAUAAAAACCGAGCGAGAAAUACAAGUUUUAAGGUAGGUAAGUACUUACAUUUUGUAUGUUUAAAAUAUUUUAUACCGCCUUGUAAAUUGAGUUUGGAGUAUAGUAAAAAUAUUAUCUAUAUUUUUUAUUAUGAGAAACUUAAUUUCACAUUGAUUUCACGGCCCACCUAGUAUUAUAGUAUAUGGUAAACGGAACCCAAUACAAAAUGCCACCUCAUACAUUGAGAUAUGAAGUAAAAGUUUUAAAGAUAUAGCGGCCAUUUCACUUUUGCAACCUAAAAUUCUAGUCGAAACUAGCAGAAAUGGUGUAUUUAAAAUGCACGAACUGGCACGAAGCAACAACACUUAACCUGGUACUGUAUUGGGAAGUCGUGCUCAAGUUAUUUUAUUAAUAGCGGAGAAAAAAAACCACAGAGACAUGAAGACUUAUCAGCACCACUUUGUUGAAAACUAUUUCACAUUAUGGUGUGAGCAGUUGUUAGUUAUUAGUCUUAAUUAUUGUAUUUUACAAAAGCGUGAAUCACCAUUGCCUACUUUAGUUAUAAAGAGUCUCAAAUUAUAAAAAUGAAAUGUAUAUAAAAAUUAUAAUUUAUAAAAAUAUAAAAAAAAAUUGGAUUGUAUAUAUUUUAUACUAGUUUAAAAUUUAAGAGAUACGUGCUUAAUGUUAAAUUAAGUUGGAAAUAUAGAAAAUUUAUAUUCUUUCAAUUAAAACCUUCUUCUGGUUGAUUAAGGUAACAUUAAAAUAAACAUUGUUUGCUAAAAAAAGGAAUACCUAUUAAGAUUGUAUUAAAAGAAAAGAAAAUUUAAUCUAGAACUUUCUCAAGAUUAACGUGUUUAAGAAGUUUUGAAAACCUGUAUUUAUUUGUCAGUAUGAAGUGAAGGGUUUGAAUUUGUCUCAACAUAAUAUAUAUUAUUUUACAUACAACAUAAUUAUGUUAUUUUUAACAUCGCGACUUUAGAGACAGGUCUUAAGAUCCCGUUGUCUAUGACACUGUUAUUUUAGAUUAAGUUUCUCUUUUCUAAUUAGUUCUCGGAGUAAUAACUAAAACUCUUCUGUAAAAGAGAUUUUUACAAUCUGUUCAAACGAUCUUGUGUUUCCGCCGUCUUAUUGUUUGAUUGUGUAGUAUUCUUUAAGCACAGGGGAAUAGCUGUUGUACCCAAUGCAACAGACUUCAAAGUUAUCUCUUACUCGCUUUGUAGUGUGUUCUCUGAUAUUAUCAGUUUAACUAUUAAGUCAUUUUUUUUUAUUGCCGUUGUAGGCAAACGAGCAUACGGCCCACCUGAUGGGGAGUGGUUGCCGUCGCCCAUGGACUUCAGCAAUGCCAGGGGCAGAGCCAAGCCGCUGCCUACCGAUACUUAAUACCUUAACUUAUGAAGGUAGGAAGAUACGAAGACGGUAGCUUAAUUUUUGUACACAUUCUUCACGCGGCGCGUGUGCGUGUGUGCGUACUGACCGAAGCUCCCAUAUGUGAACGAGCCGCUAAAAUCUGCAUUUUUAAUUACUAGGAUUUCUUUUAUUAAAUAUUAAAAUAAUAAGUAAUUUCGAAUUUAAUUAUUAUUAUUUUAGUAUUUCUAUGUAAAAUGGUCUGUCAUAUUAAAUAGUAAUAAGAGAAAUAAUUUCAUUUUUAAUAAUUAUGUAUCAAAUGAAUAUCCACUUGUAUAUUAUUAUCGUAUUCUAGUUUUUUCUAGGAGAUAGUUAUAGUUAUUAUUAUUGUAAGUAGAAUUCAUUUUGUUGGAUGUAAUAGGUAAUUCCUGUUGUGGAAUUUAGUAUUGUGUCAAAUUGUGGAGGAUGCGGUAAUUUAAUGAGUAUUGAAGAAAACGAGAAUAAAUGUUUCAGUUAA